CGCCCCUCCCUCCCUCCCCGGGGCUCCCUCACCCCCUCAGCGGGCGAUGCCGCCGCGCCACCGCCACCUCCUGCUCUUCCUCCGCGCCCUCCACGGCUCCGCCUCCAGCAUGGGCGACUCAAACUCCCGCCUGCCGCAGGCGAGCGAAGCGCUGCCCGGAAGAACCCAGGGCAUGGCGGUGCCAGAUAAACAUCAUGUCAACGGGAACAGAAUGGUCGAACCUUUCCCAGAGGGAACACAGAUGGCUCUGUUUGGUAUGGGCUGUUUUUGGGGAGCUGAGAGGAAGUUCUGGAGGCAGAAGGGAGUCUACUCCACCCAAGUGGGUUAUGCAGGAGGACACACCCCAAAUCCUACCUACAAAGAGGUGUGCUCAGGCAGGACUGGGCACACCGAGGCCGUCCGGGUGGUGUUUGAGCCACAAAACAUCAGCUUUGAGCAACUGCUCAAGGUCUUCUGGGAGAAUCAUGACCCGACACAAGGAAUGCGUCAGGGGAACGAUGUGGGCACUCAGUAUCGCUCAGCCAUCUACACCUUCUCCCCAGAGCAGAUGGAGGCUGCCCUGAGAUCCAAGGAGGAAUAUCAGAAGGUGUUGACGGAGGGAGGCUUCGGCCCCAUCACGACGGAAAUCCGGGAGGCUCCCGAGUUUUAUUACGCCGAGGAAUAUCACCAGCAAUACCUCAGCAAGAAUCCUGGUGGCUACUGUGGCAUGGGGGGGACAGGGGUGUCCUGCCCCAUUGGCAUCAGGAAAUAACCCCCUGUGCUUGCUCCACCACCUCCACUUCACCACAGGGAGCUUGGAAAAAAACAGGAAUCCCAGUUCCAGCACGGCAUCCGUGGAUAAAGAUUUGGGGAUCUGCUGGGGACAAUUUCCAUAAUUGGAAMAGUUUCCUGUUCAUUGACGUUAAAAGCCAAAGUAGCGGCAGGAAUUGCUCCCAUCACAGCUUCUCGCUCUGUGCAGCUCCUGGGGUUUCCUUGUUAUCUGGGGAGGUGGGAAGAGAUCCAAACUUCCARAAGUUUGGCUUGAAAUGCUGUCAAAAAGGUGAAUUUGGAGGUGGUUGCRCCUGUAGCUGCUUUGCAUUUCCAAUGCCUUUGGACUUGGUGAUUUUCUUGAGUUAAUUAAUUUGCUGGUAUUACCAGAGCUUGACUGGGACAUGGUUGGGCUCUUGACCUGUCAMAAGCCUGGAAUCCUUUGGGAAUGAUGUAUUGAUCAAAUCAGUGAUUCUCCCACCACAACUCCGCUUUCACAGCAUUUAGUACCACCUUAGUGCCUAUUUUCUGAAAUAAAUUUAGCCAGAAAAAGUCAAAAUUGCAAUUUGAUGCUUCUUUUUGGCAGUUCCAACAAGUGAAUGAACACAAAAAUARAUUGGUUUUGUUUCCUGCUCUGCAAUAAAGUACAGAAA